GUUUGACCUUCGAGUGCUCGCAACCUCCGUCAGUGAACGAUACCCCUGAGGCGUUGCCGAGGUUUUUUGGCUCUGACGAGCAUAAUAUUUGGAUAUCAGAUUUUAUUCAGUCUUACACCUUUGAAUUCCCAGUAAAUUUGCAGUUUAGUGGGUUCACUAAGUCCAAAAAUGAAUCCCAAAGAACCUCUACCUCCUGGUUGGGAAAUGAGACUUGAUGAAAAAUCAGGAAACUUUUAUUUUGUGGAUCAUAACACUCGGUCUACGCAGUGGAACCAUCCUGUAACAAAUCAAGAAUAUUCAUCAAUAAACGGAACGAAUCCGUCAAAUUUUUCGGAACAAAAUUCUUCUGAUGCAUGUGGCUCUAACUGUGAAAAAAAAAUCGCAGAUGUAAUGUCAAGGGCACGCUCAUUACAGCCAAAAAUUGAUUAUUUUGAUGGUGCACCUCAGAGUAAGGAAUACAAACAUCUUAUGGAAAACUUGGAACAGUUGAUACUAAGUUUGGAUACCUUAAAAAGUGAUGGAAAUGAAGAUGUUAGAGCCAUGCGGCGAGAUGCUGUCAAAGAAAUCCAACAAUUAAUGGAAAUGUUAGACUAUCGUUCCUUAAUUUCCAGUCAAAAUGAUGAAAAGUCUUAGAUGAUUAAUAUCUGGUUCAAAUGUUCCGGCGUUCUGAGCUAUGAUUACCCCCGCUACUUUUAUAUAUACGUGAAUAUACUGAUAUGAGUGAUUCAAUAUAUCACUUUGUCAAUACCAUCUACAUGCAUCUAUAUCCAUGUAUAUAAAUAUAUAUUUACUAUUGUUUUCUUCAUUCUUAUUACUUAUUGGAUAUUCAUUAAUUGCCUAUCUCUCUUUCUGUUGUAUGGACUAUUUUCCAUUUAUGUACUAUAAAUUUGUAUCUACUAUUAUUAUUGUUAUUGCUGUACACGUGUAAGACGUUUGGUUCGUGUUAAACGAGUGACCUCGUGUCUAUAUAUAUAUAUA